CAGAGGAAAGCAGCCUCCCAUUCUCGCGAGAAUCCAAUGAGAGAUCUGGAGGGGUUUAGGUGGAAGAGUGCUGGUUCUGAAUGAGGUCGAUUCUUCAUUUUGAAUGGGUACCAGGUGUGCUGAUAGCUAACUCGAUAUGGCUUGUAGAAGAGGGGAUCGCCAGCCGUGUCUCUCUACCCCUUCAUCUUACACUUUGAACUGUCAUAAGCCUCCAGUAUGUACAGGUCAAGCUCACAGUAUAUGCAUGGUGUCUGACUUUUUUUAUCCAAAUAUGGGAGGAGUGGAAAGCCACAUUUAUCAACUUUCACAGUGCCUGAUAGAGAGAGGACACAAAGUUAUCAUUAUCACUCAUGCUUAUGAAGACCGCAAAGGCGUUCGUUACCUAACCAAUGGACUAAAGGUCUAUUAUUUGCCAUUAAGAGUCAUGUACAACCAAUCUACAGCAACAACUCUCUUCCAUAGUAUGCCUCUGCUCAGAUAUAUAUUUGUACGAGAGCGAGUCACCAUUGUCCACGCGCAUAGUUCGUUUUCAGCUAUGGCUCACGAUGCUCUCUUUCAUGCCAAGACAAUGCAACUACGAACAGUUUUUACAGACCAUUCCCUUUUUGGAUUUGCCGAUGUCAGUUCGGUGCUUACGAAUAAACUCUUGACCGUGUCGCUGUGUGACACAAACCACAUCAUCUGUGUUUCUUAUACUAGCAAAGAGAACACUGUGUUGAGAGCAACACUGAACCCUGAGAUAGUUUCUGUUAUCCCCAAUGCUGUCGAUCCCACAGACUUCACUCCAGACCCAUCUCAGCAGGACAGCAGCACAAUAACUAUUGUCGUUGUUAGCAGACUUGUAUAUAGAAAAGGUAUAGAUUUGCUUAGUGGUAUAAUUCCUGAACUUUGUCAGAAGUAUCCAAACCUACACUUCAUAGUCGGGGGAGAAGGACCAAAGAGAAUUGUAUUGGAAGAAGUACGAGAAAGAUACCAGCUGCAUGACAGAGUUCGUCUCUUGGGAGCUUUAGAACAUCAGGAUGUCAGAAAUGUCUUAGUCCGGGGUCACAUUUUUCUCAACACCUCCCUCACAGAAGCUUUCUGCAUGGCAAUUGUGGAAGCGGCCAGUUGUGGUCUACAGGUUGUGAGUACAAGAGUUGGUGGGAUUCCUGAGGUGCUACCAGACAAUCUUAUCAUCUUGUGUGACCCUUCAGUGAAGUCUCUGAGUAAUGGAUUGGAAAAGGCUAUAACCCAGCUGAAGUCAGGAUCACUGCUAUCUCCAGAAGUCAUACACAACCAAGUUAAAACUUUUUAUACUUGGAGAAAUGUUGCAGAGAGAACUGAAAAAGUGUAUGACCGAGUGGCAGGUGAAAUAGUAUUACCAAUGGGAAAACGGCUUGACAGACUCAUCUCACAUUGUGGCCCUGUGACUGGUUGCAUUUUUGCUCUUCUUUCUGUACUAAGCUUCCUUUUCCUGAUGUUCCUGAGAUGGCUGACACCAGACUACCUGAUUGAUGCUGCAGUAGAUGCCACAGGCCCAUAUGGGGCUUGGACUCAACAGAAUUUCCGCAGAAAAAGAGAAACUCUAAAUUCAAACUCUUAAAAAGCAGAAAAUUGGAAGUCAGGACUUUGUUCUUCAGCAGUUUUAGCAUUGGUUGGUAGAAUCAAUUUCACAGAGACAUUUAUAAAUUGUUGGACAGCAUUUCUUACUGGUUGGGAGGAAAUUAGAUAAGAUCUGCUACCUCAUAUUAGCAUUGUCUGCUAAUAGACCUACUUGCCAAGAUUUGCAACAAUACCUGUUCACCUUUCGCCCCUGGAUUGGAUUAUUUUGUAUAAAUGUGCAGCAUGGACAAUGGUGAUCAUUAAUAAGACAUGAGAGGAAGUAAGGGGAAACUUGGUGAAGAGAUGGGUUUUGUUUUCCCUUGUAUUUUAAUUUGUCUCCUUUCAUUUUUGGAAAGAAAUACAGGAGUAAAAGUAAGGUGGUAUUAGAACUGAGUCUAUGUGAGGCUUGCUUUGGAGCUUGGUUCAUACUUUUAAAAAUGUGAUGGGGGAACAUAAAAAAGAUGGCUACCUCUGUGUCCCUCUGAAGCCGGAAAGGUCAACUACGAAUAUAAGACACAUGCCUCCCUCAGUUUCUAGGAUCUUCUCUAUAUUCACACAUCUCCUAUUUUCAAACAAUAUGAAA